AUACAAACUUCGUGUUUUGUUUUCAUCAAGCAAUGCUAUAUAUUGUUAAUACUGUGCUUUUAAAUUGUAAAAGCCACGCUACAUAUACAAGGGGACUGUGUCGUGCCACGGCUGUGCAUCUGUGUUAGUGGGUCGUACUUCGGCCUUAUAAAACAGGCGUGUCUUAAGCGAGCAGAGUGAUUCAAAUACUGACUUUGCAGCUGCAGCGUUACAUGUGAUUGUCUCCCUGCCAGUGGAUUAUGUGGAGGUGUCUGCACGGAUUCCAAGUUAACAUCUUCUUUUUCGGACUUUGAAUGCUUUCAGACCACGCUUUUGGAAAUUUAAUCUAAACUUGGUGAGAAGAUGGAUAACAAGGAGGAAUCCCAGAGUUGUUCAGUGAGUGUCCUGACCUGGGACCAGGUGAGCCGGCUGAAUGAAGUUCUAACGGAGGUUGUGCCUGUUCAUGGACGGGGGAACUUCCCUACCUUAGAGGUGCGGCUGAAAGACAUUGUGGCCCGGGUGCGCUCCCGCCUAGAGCUGAGUGGCAUCAGAGUAAAAGACGUACGGCUCAAUGGCUCCACGGCCAGCCACGUACUGGUGCAGGAUAUCGGCUGGAGCUACAAGGAUCUGGACGUCAUCUUCAGGGUGGACCUGCCGCAUGAGGCGGAGUUCAGGCUCAUCAAGGAUGUGGUGCUAGGUACCCUGCUGGACUUUCUACCUGAAGGUGUGAACAAAGAGAAAAUUACACCCAUGACUCUCAAAGAGGCUUACGUCCAGAAGCUGGUGAAGGUCAACACGGAGCAGGACCGCUGGAGCCUCAUCUCCCUCUCCAACAACAACGGCCGCAAUGUGGAGCUGAAGUUUGUGGACUCGAUACGGCGGCAGUUUGAGUUCAGUGUGGACUCCUUUCAGAUUGUGCUGGACUCCAUGCUUUCCUACUACGAGCUGGCACAGACGCCCAUGUCACAGGCCUUUCACCCCACUGUGAAUGGGGAGAGCGUGUACGGGGACUUCAGCAUGGCGCUGAGCCACCUGCGGAACAAGCUCAUCGCCACCAAGCGGCCUGAGGAGAUCCGAGGUGGUGGCUUGCUGAAAUACUGCAAUCUGCUGGUGCGGGACUUUCGGCCCGCCAGCGAGGAGGAGUUCAAGGCCCUCGAGCGGUACAUGUGUUCCCGCUUCUUCAUCGACUUCCCUGACAUCGGUGAGCAGCAGCGCAAGGUGGAGGCCUACCUCCAGAGCCACUUUAUAGGUGAGGAGAAGAGCAAGUACGACUACCUCAUGAUCCUGCGCCGAGUGGUCAACGAGAGCACGGUGUGCCUCAUGGGCCAUGAGCGGCGGCAGACCCUCCACCUCAUCUCGCUGAUGGCUUUCCGAGUGCUGGCAGAGCAGAACGCCAUCCCUGAUGCGUCCUGUGUCACCUGCUACUAUCAGCCAGCGCCCUAUGUCCGAGACCACAACUUCAGCAACUACUAUGUGGCUAACCAGAACAUUCCAACAUGGCUGCCAUGUAACUGACAGAAAGAAAACAAGUGGACGGAUGUACAAGAGGGCACCACCACUGCUGCUGCUUUUGAGAAAAGAGAAUGAAUAAAAUAAAACUCUCCCCAAAAAAAAAAAUUAUUAUUGAGGCAAUAAAUGCUAUGUUCCUCUCAAGGCACAAUUAUAUUUAAGUGGACAAGUGUUUUGCUUUUUUUUGUUUUUUGGAAUCCUUUCUCAUUCCUUAGCUACAGAGAUGUCUAGGUCAUUGAAUAGAAAGUGAGAUUUUUAAGUGUUUAGAUUUUUUUUUUUUUCCUCAUCAUGUUUGUUUCCCUGUUUAUCGGAGUUGUGUUUUGUGCCUUAACCUCCCAGUUGACCCCCCCCCACCACCCAAUAAUUUAAGUAUGGGCUAUUUUUUUGAAGAAGGGGAAGCAGAAAAUGUAGCCUUGAAUUUGGUUUUCUCAUGUGAUUAGUGUAAAAAAAAGAAAAAAAAAAAAUUUAAAAUAUUGAAAAAUAGUAUUAUUGGGGAAAGGGGUAAUAUAAUAGGUGAUGACCCAAACAAAAAAAUCAGUGUUAAAAAGUUUUGUUCACUGGGGAGGUUAGAAAGGUGGUACACUAAUAACUUUGUUCACAUCAGAAAUGAAGGGGAAGCGAGAAGAGUCAGUUUGUUUUAAUUCAUUUUGACAUGUAAAUAUCUCUCAGAGACAUUUGUGGUCUCCCUAAUAUGCCAGCAGUGCCUGUGAUUUGAAAUCAGAGAAAAAGAGAAAAUGUGUCUAUUUUUAUUUUCCACUGUGAAUUUCAGUGUAGGAUGAGCUCCCCUCCUUCCCCUUUUAUCCAGUUUACUCAGCCCUGUACUUUUCAGUCGAGACUGGCUUCGAGCGGAAAUCUGCAGAGAGACCGUUUAGGCCUCAGAUAGACGGGCUCCUGUGUGUCUGAGGAGUUUACGUUCCCCUGUGUUUUAAGUCCCUACCAAAGCCUCACACCAGUGACCUCAAGAUGUCCCAAUCCUCUGGCUAUUGUGGGAAGCUGACUGACGGAAGAAAGCGGACAUGGGUGCGUUGAGAGCAUGCGGCUGGCCUCGUUGCCUGCAGCGAGGGCUGGCUAGGAGUCCUGGAGUGACAGGCUGACUGGUUGUCCCUUCCCUUAAAAGGAGCAGCACAUGGUGGGCCCCAGUCUCAUCCCUCACAACCAUUGCAGGCUCGACGGCAGCGCUGAAAUGGGAUCCUCUUCUGACGCAGCGACUGGCUCUCAAACUACAGGCUGUCUAUAAUUAUCCUUUUUUAUUUUUUUUUCGUGGGGGAGGUAUCUUCGGAGCAGGGAACUGGGGAUGGGGGUGCAAGCAGCAGCAGCAGCAGCAGCAGCAGCCCUGCCACCUUACAUGUGUGGGGAGCUCAGUCACUUCCUAUCCUAUCAGUGCCUGCUGGAAGGACUCUGUGUUUGAACCCCUUUUGUGGUCAUGGGAGCACAGACAGCAGGGAGUGCAACUGGUAUGCUAAUAGAAAUGCCAUGAUGUGUGCCAGUUGGAUGCCAUUCCUGACUUGGAGUUUGAUGUAUCCUGGAAGCUACAACUGACUUGAGCCACAAGUCCCUCCCCCCCCCCCCCAAACCUAUAAAUUACUAUAUGUAGCUAAGCCUAUUAUUAGCUGUUCAUUUUGAACACUUGCAGUGUGGUAUUACUAGCAGAUGUCCUAAGCUGUGACUUUAACCUGUCAUCUCUCUUAAGCAUCCAGGUUUGAGAGGAGAAUAGUUGCUAAACUUAUGUAAGUGACAACUGCUGUCUCUCUCUUCCUCUCGCCCCUCAGUUUCUCUGAAGCUCUAACUUAUUCCUGCUCACUGCGGCUCGUGCUUAUACCAGAUAACCGGAAACAUCUCUUAUCUGGAUGGCCCACAACUCCGAACUAGUUGGUUAAAAUAUUUUGUUAGGGGGAACAGUCAGCGCUGCCUCUUCUGCAGGUCACAGGGGUAUGCUCUGCUGGUACGGGGGAAAUGCAAAUGUAUUUUUAACAACAAGUGAGGUGCCACACACUGUCUCGCUCUGGACCAAAGUUACAACCAGCAACUGAAGCACUUAAGUGCCUUUUGACGUUUUGGAGAGUGAUUUAGCUUUUUUAAAGUUUUUU